GUGUCCGUGCCAAUCACCGAGCUCACCGAGACGUGCCGACGCGCAAUCAAGACCUACGGUUACGAUGACGUCGAGACUCAGAUCUUGCUUGACGUCAUGAUGUACGCGCAACUGAGAGGAAACAACCAGGGCAUCAUCAAGGUGACCACGAAGGGCAUCGCGAGGGACCCGGCGUGCACACCCAUCGCGAUCGAGCACGAGACACAGCUGUCCGCGUGCCUCAACGGCAACAAAAACGCGGGCAUGGUGGUCAUCCACAAGGCGAUGGACAUUGCCAUCGAGAAGGCCAAAACGCACGGGUUCGGCAUCUGCGGCACGAACAACACGUCCACGUCCACCGGCGCGCUGGGAUACUACGCGCAGAAGAUCGCGGAGGAGGGUCUCAUCGCGAUGGUGUUCGCCGUGAGCCCCGAGUUCGUGGCGCCGAACGGUGCGAUCCAGCCCAUCUUUGGCACCAACCCCAUCGGCGUCGGCAUUCCCACCGCGGGAAAGCCGGUUGUCCUCGACAUGGCGACCAGCGCGUACUCGUUCUUCGGGCUUUUGGAGGCGAGGACCGCAGGGAAGAAGAUCCCGCACGGGGUCGCCAUCGACUCCGCGGGUAAGAUCACGGAGGAUCCCAACGCGGCGAUCGACGGCGGCGCCAUCGUCGGCUUUGACGGCGGGUACAAGUCCUCAAACCUGGCGCUCAUGGUCGAGCUCCUGGCGGGACCCUUGGUGGGCGCCGCGGUGACCGACAAGAUGGCGGCGAAGAACUGGGGCAACCUCGUGGUGGCCAUCGACCCCAAGCUGCUGGGACAGGACGAGUUCGAGCGGAGGGCGAAGAUGGUGACCGAUAGGGUCAAGGCGGCGAAGCGCCAGCCGGACGUGGAUGAGAUUUUGCUACCGGGAGAGCGGGGC